UUCUCCCCAUCCGAGUCUACCUCGUAUCCUGUUUCACGUCUAGUGAGUUAACGGGCUGGCACAUAUGGCAAUCGCAUUGAUUGAGGUGUUUUCUGUAGUUUCCUUUGUUUACAUCGGCCCCUCCGAUAUGCGGUUAAAACGAUCUGGCUGACUUAAGACAUUCAAAUAUCUGCCCUCGCGCUCCUUUAACCUUGAUGAGAAGUCAGAAGAAUGAUCGCAUCCCUGUCUAAAGGAAAUCUCCUUGACGUGCUCCAGGAGGGUCCUAAUGAGCAACAACUGGCUGCCUAUGUGUCUUGGGUUAAUGCACAGCUGAGGAAGAAACCAGGAAUAAAACCUGUGAGCGAUCUACGGCAGGAUCUCCGAGAUGGUGUGGUCCUAGCACACCUCAUUGACAUAGUGGCUGGUGAGCUGCUCGAUGGCAUUCAUUAUGUGCCACGGGACGACCUGGAGAAGAAGCAGAACGUGGAGAAGGUCCUGCAGUUUGUGUCAUCCAAACGGAUCCGAAUGCCACAGACCUCUGCCAGGGACAUUGUGGAGGGGAACCUCAAAUCUGCCAUGAGGCUCAUCCUUGCCCUGGCUGCACAUUUUAAACCCUCCGCAUCAGCAAAUCACAGAGAUGGGGCUGUAAGCAGGAGUUCCACUGGCUCCUCAGCCAAUCACAGACCUCAUUCCACCAUGGCAAUGGCCCAGAAUGCAGCAGCAGCACUGGCAGCAGCCAGACAGGAUGCCUCUCGCCCAGGCCGCUCUGUCUUUCACCUAAGACAAGAAUGGAGCAGUCAUAGUUGUAGUGCUGAUGAGGACACAGAGAACCCCUGCUGGAGUGUCCGAGCGUUGGUCCAGCAGUAUGAAGGACAAAAGGGAACAUUUGAGGAAGAGACAGGAGCAAGAUCCACAGGCCUCAGUUCGCCAAGCCCCACUCACACUCCUAAAGACUCCAUCAGCCUGUCAGAGGUGAAGGCAGGUCUCCUAGACAGCCUGUCUGGAGAGAAAACCAAUAAGUCAGAGGAUGCAGUGAAAUCGGCCCUAUGUGACCAAGCAAUCUUCUCAGGACAUGAUAGUCUAGGGGGCUGCAGGUGGGAGGACAAUCUAUAUGAGCACCAAGAGCAGCUGGAGAGAGAGAUGAAGGAUGCGCGGAAAAUGGUGUCCAGCCUACAGGCUCUCCUUCUCCAUGGUUCAUUACCUGAGGAUGAACAGGAGGUGUCACUCAGUCUGGGUGAGGGAGUGGAAAAUGCUGAGCAGCAAUUGGUUGUAAUCCGAAGUCGUCUGGACCAAAGCAUGGAGGAGAGCCAGGAUUUGAAGAGGGAGAUGUUGAGGUUCAAACAGGAGGCACGUAACCUGCAAGGAGUCAAAGAUGCACUUCAGCAGCGAAUGGCUGUACAGGAAGCCUCAGUUCUGCAGCUCAAACAAGAACUCCUGCGCUCCAACAUGACCAAAGACGAGCUGGCGGGACAGAAUGCGGAGUUACAGAGAAAGCUGGAGGAGAGGAACAGACUUCUCAGUGAAUACAAGAAAGAGCUGUGUCAGAAGGAUAGACUUCUACAACAACAACAGCUGAAGCUCGAUGAGUCAUUUCGCAAGCUGACCGACAGCAGCAGCCAGCAGGCUUGCAUACAGAGGGAGCUAGAGCACAAGGAGACUAUUGUCAAAGAGCUAAUGAACCAUGAGACGGAGGAACGUCCUGGCUCACAAAAUAACGGUUUCUCACAUCCACCAGUUACAACAUCCAAAACACACCAUGGGGCCGAGGAGCUGCAGUUAGUAAGAGAUACUCUGCGUAGUCUGAGAAACAGUUUUGGAGGUCACGACCCUCGGCAUCACACUCUGGACACCUUAGAGCAAGGUGUGGCCAGCCUGAUGGAUCGACUUUAUGACCUGGAAACAACACGCCACAAAAAGGAGCGGAGGACUAGAGGCAAAUCACCAGGACACAAAGCCAUUCAUUCAGACUCCUGGCCUCCUACUUCAAAAAUGGCUCCUUCUCACAGCAGUCCUGCACUAAACUCUUCAGCCUGCACCAAAGUCUUGUACUUUACUGACAGCUCACUCACACCAUUCAUGAUCAACAUUCCCAAGAAGCUGGGGGAGGUCACCCUGCAAGACUUCAAGGCAGCCAUAGAUCGAGAAGGCAAUUAUAGAUACCAUUUCAAAGCACUGGAUCCAGAGUUUGGCACUGUGAAAGAAGAGGUGUUCCAGGAUGACGCAGUGGUCCCGGGCUGGGAGGGGAAGAUUGUGGCCUGGAUAGAGGAGGACCAUGGACAGAAAGGGACCUAACAUGAGUGUGCAAGAAUCUGUGAAUAUAAGAAAUAGUGACAUCUGUGCCAAAAAUGCCAAAAUAAAUUAACAUUGAUUUGUAAUAUAAAUGUACAGAGGUGGACCUCUCUGCAGUGCCCUACAAAGUUCUUUUCAGUGUCCUUUACUCUAUACUGCAUGAACUGAACAACUGAAUGAUCCAGAGUGGUUCCCAAAAGAAGUUGAGGAUCACCAUGAGGGUGACCAUAUGGAGAACAUCAGAGAUUUUCACUGGGGAUUUCAGAUCUCUUUUAGAAGUCUCGCCAUAGAACAGAUUUCCAUUCUUUGUAAAUACUUAAGGAACGUUUGUGUGUCAAAAGUUUUUACUGUGACACAGGAAGCCUUUUGUUUGUUACUGUAAUGACAAGCUAGAUUUCUCAGUUCACCUUAUGUAACAUAGAUACUGCCAGAGAAUUUCAUAAGACUACUUUUUUAAGAUCACUUGUGUGAAAAUGGACAUUAUAAACCUUAAGAAAGAAAAGCAGUAAAAAUGGACCAAAGUAUUUAGCUUUUUUGAUAUAAGAUCUUACAACGUCAUUUAAUGUGUCUUUCUUAGUUGCUUUUUGUUAGUAAGAGUCAAACAACAAGCUUGUCUGUUGAUAGUCUGCAGUGAAGAUUUAACUGGAUGGCAUAAAUAUGAGAUUUCAGUUCAUGAUUUUGAUGAUUAAAAACAGAUUAUCAAGAAGGGUUAUGCUACAUAGUACAUUUACUGCAGCAGAGCUAAAUUAAAAGAAAGUGACCUUUGAUUGUCACUGCAAGCUUUCAAAUGUAAUUUAAUGCAACCAUUAAAAGUGUGCUAUUUGGCUGCACUAAUUUGAGCAUCACUGGAGUGGACAGAGAGGGGUCACUAGAUUUGUCUUUUGUAUUUUUGUUCUGUUUUAUAUUUAUGUAAAUAUGUUAAUAUUUCAGAGGCAGAUAGAGGCAUAGUGCCUUUUUACUGUAUGAUGUUCUAUAAAUACUAAAUAAUAUUUUCAAGAUAUGGAGUGUCUCCUUUUUACCUGUAAAAGGCACACGAUCACUCACUUCAGAGAGGCCUCAAGCUAACUGGAACCUUGUUGUUCACUCAAGAUGGACUGCAACAUGAGCACUGUAUGCCAUAACUGAAAUUCUGCUUUUACCUUCCUCAUUACUGCAAGUCUUUACAGUGUGCUUCUAUAGAGGAUUGUUAUUUGGUUUGCCAAUAAACAGUCUGAA